GCCUGGAGGGCGGAGCGGCCGGCGCGGCGGCGCGGCAGCCGGGGGGGUCGUAGAGCCACCAUCGCCAGCGCGCUGGAGCUGGAGGGUAGCGUGCGCCGCCAGGGCCUCCUCACCCACUUCGUAGCCAGCAACUUGCAGCGGAAGAUCCAGCUCAGCGCCACCAGCCCCAUCCCCCCCGUAGACCCCGCGGCGCUGCGGGAGCUGGUGGCGCUGGCCGGGCAGGUGGCCGCGCAGGUGGAUGAGCUGCUGCGAAGCGUGCACUGCGGCCUGCAGGCCCUGACCGCCCUGAGCGUGGGCUGCAUCCAGACCUACCGCGACGGCGUGGAGAGCCUGGGCGAGGCCGUGGACACCAGCAUCCGAGCCAUGUACACGCUGGUGGCGCGGUGCGAGGAGCUGGACCUGGCAAUGCAGCCCGUGCCGGCCUUGGCCAGGCGCAUCCGUGACAUGAAGGGCACGCUGGAGCGGCUAGAGGGGCUCUGCAAAUAGCGCUCUGGGGCUGCCGUAACCCCUCCACCCAUGGCCCAAGUUUCUCAAAUACCGUGUGCCUAAUCCAACGAGCCAUCUCCAGCAGGUGCUGCUCCUUCGCACACGCCGCGCCUCGGCAUGUGGCAGCUCAGGAACUGAUCACAGGCCCAGGAUUGAUACUUGGGGAAAGUUUGCCUCCCCUCGAAAUCACUUUAUACUCAUCUACCUUGAUCUCCAGGGCGGGUGACUUUUUCCACUGCUUUUUCUGUUGAAUGUUUUCUUAUGAAAUACCAAUGAAUAGUUCCACUAAACUUAAAUAAAGAUCUUUGCUAUUUUUUCUCUU